CCCGCAGGGACAACCCUGCAAGAUGCCGAGGCUAUGGGGUGGGUGCUGACACCAUGAAGGGCUACCAUGGGGAGCGUAGCCAGACACAGCCCUCCUCCGGCCACCGCUGCCGCUGCAUCCCAGAGGACUGCCAGCAUCCUGCCAGCUACGGCCCCGAGGCUCAGCCCACGUUCCUCCUCAGCCCCAGCGAGCCGCGUUCCCUGGAGCAUCCCUACUGCCCGGCCCGGAGCCCCGGCGCGGCCAGCGAGUGCCCGGCUGGGCCCUUGAGCGAGCCGCCCUCCGCCAGCGCCAGCAGCACCUUCCCGAGGAUGCACCACGCCCAGCAGCAGCAGCCGCAGCAGCAGCAUCCCUACGACUCCUGCGACGAAUGCAUGGCGGCCACUGCCCACCCUGCCAGCAAGAUCAACCGCCUGCCCCCCACGCUGCUGGACCAGUUCGAGAAGCAGCUGCCGCUGCACCACGACGGCUUCCACACGCUGCAGUACCCCCGGGCCGGCGGCGCCGAGCCCCGCAGCGAGAGCCCCAGCCGCAUCCGCCACCUCGUCCACUCCGUCCAGAAGCUCUUCGCCAAGUCCCACUCCCUGGAGGCGCCGGCCAAGAGGGACUACAACGGCACCAAGAUGGACGGCCGUGGGGACGGCUACCACCAUCACCACCACCACCACCACCACCAUCACCACCACCAGUCCCGCCACGGGAAGCGCAGCAAGAGCAAGGAGCGCAAGGUGGACUCCAGGCACCGCUCCAAGGGGAUGGGCUGGUGGAGCUCCGAUGACAACCUGGACAGCGACAGCAGCUACAUGGUGUCCGGCCGGCACGCGGCCGACCAGGGCACCCAGUACUGUGUGGACGCUCCCGAAAGUGCCUUCAGAGACUUGACCUUGAAGAGCCUAAAGGGCGGCGGGGAAGGAAAAUGCCUGGCCUGCGCUGGCAUGUCCAUGUCUCUGGACGGCCAGACGCUCAAGAGAAGCGCCUGGCACACCAUGACUGUCAGCCAGGCGCGUGAAGCCUACCCCAGUGCCGGCGGCACUGAGAAGACCUUGAUGCUUCAGGAAGCAAAGGCCAAAGACCGAGCGUACCAGUACCUGCAGGUGCCGCAGGACGAGUGGAGCGGGUACCCAGCAGGCAAGGACGGGGAGAUCCCCUGCCGACGGAUGCGCAGCGGCAGCUACAUCAAGGCCAUGGGCGAUGAGGACAGCGCUGACUCGGACAUCAGCGCCAAGAUACUGCCCAGGGCGGCCACGCGGCGAGACAGCUACCGCCGCUCCUCCAGCGCCGACCAGGCCAGGACCAAGUUUGCAGGUAGGCACUAUUCUGAUUCAUAUAUCUGUAACUGUCCCAGCUGCUGCACGCCACCGCGAAUGCUCCCGCGGGGACAGAGCUACGGGCGGUCCUUCACCACCGGCCAGCCCCGGCUCACCGCCCCCAGCCUCACCCGCCGCUCUCCGCAGAUCAACGAUGAGCUCAACCACCAGUUCGAGGCCGUCUGCGAGUCGGUUUUCGGCGAGGUGGAGUCACAGGCUGUGGAGGCUCUGGACCUGCCCGGCUGCUUCCGCAUGCGGAGCCACAGCUACUUGCGAGCCAUCCAGGCAGGCUGCUCCCAGGACGAUGACUGCCUCUCGCUCUUCUCCAUGUCGGCCCCUGCCGGGCAGCCCAUCACCAGCAGCAUCCUGAAGCCCAGCACUUCCUUCAGUUACAGAAAAGCUCCACCUCCCAUCCCUCCAGGAACCAAAGCCAAGCCCCUCAUCUCCGUCACGGCGCAGAGCAGCACCGAGUCUGCACACGAGAGCUACCUGCCCAGCGAGGUCACCCGCGGCCCCGCCUGGUCCAAGGACGCCGCUGCCCGCUGCAACUCGGCUGAGAGCCUGGAGAGCGCCAAGGUGACCACCGUGACCCUCGACCUGCCUCCAGUCCAGCCCCGGGCUGCUCCCAAGCCCUCCACGCUCAUCAUCAAGGCCAUCCCCGGGCGGGAGGAGCUGAGGAGCUUGGCUCGGCAGCGCAAGUGGAGACCCUCCAUUGGUGUCCAGGUUGAGGCCAUCUCUGACUCGGAUACGGAGAGCAGGAGCCAGAGGGAGUUCCAUUCCAUUGGAGUGCAGGUGGAGGAGGACAAAAGGAGAGCGCGCUUCAAGCGCUCCAACAGCGUGACGGCAGGCGUGCAGGCGGACCUGGAGCUGGAGGGCUUCACCGGGCUGGCCGUGGCCACCGAGGACAAAGCCCUGCAGUUCGGGAGGCCCUUCCAGCGGCACUCCUCGGAGCCCGAGUCCGGCCGGCAGUACGCCGUCUACAAGACGGUGCACACGCAGGGGCAGUGGGCGUACCGGGAGGACUACCAGCUGCAGUAUGACACGGUGGAGGUGCCCCGCAGGGACGCCUGGAUCGAGAGGGGCUCCCGCAGCCUCCCCGACUCCGGCCGGGCCUCCCCUUGCCACCGCGAUGGUGAAUGGUUCAUCAAACUGCUGCAGGCGGAGGUGGAGAAGAUGGAGGGCUGGUGCCAGCAGAUGGAGCGGGAGGCUGAGGACUAUGACCUGCCGGAGGAGAUCCUGGAGAAGAUCCGGAGCGCUGUGGGCAGUGCCCAGCUCCUCAUGUCCCAGAAGGUGCAGCAGUUUUACCGCCUCUGCCAGCAGAACAUGGAUCCCAAUGCAUUCCCCGUGCCCACCUUCCAAGACCUGGCUGGCUUCUGGGACCUCCUGCAGCUCUCCAUUGAGGAUGUCAGCAUGAAGUUUGCAGAGCUCCAGGAGCUCAAGGCCAAUGGGUGGAAGAUUGUGGAGCCCAAGGAGGAGAAGAAGGUGCCUCCCCCGAUACCAAAGAAGCCGCCGCGCUCCAAGGUGCACCCCGUGAAGGAGCGCUCCCUGGACUCGGUGGACCGGCAGCGGCAGGAGGCUCGCAAGCGGCUCCUGGCAGCCAAGCGAGCUGCCUCCUUCCGUCAGAGCUCGGCCACCGAGAGCGCCGACAGCAUCGAGAUCUACAUCCCCGAGGCGCAGACCCGGCUGUGACCGCAGCCUCCGCUUUUCUACCCGGACUGGACGGCACGGCCGUAGCUCACUGUGAUGGGGGGGCCGCGGGGACACCCUGGGGCAGCUCUUGGCCCCACUCACAGCUUCUCUCUUUUCUAUCUUCGACCUUUUGUGGAUCCGGCGGCAAGUCAACGCAAGCCCGGGUCCGCCCUGUCCCGUUGCCCCCCUGCCCGCAUGCCCCUGCCAAGCCUCUCCCAGGGUCCGGGGCUCACCCUCCCGCUGUCCUCCUUGGGGCCGUGUCCCCUUCCCACCCCCACCCCCCAGACCUUCUGCACCCCCCUUUUAGCCUGCAUCCCAACUAAAAGAGAGGUGACCCUCAGCUCCCAGCCCUGCUGGAGGGGAAGGGGCUGCAGGCAGGCCCCCCCCCCACCUCUCUGUACUCAGUGCAAUCCCCCACUGUGCAGUGGGGAUGGGACCCUCAGCCCAGCCAGAGUCCUCUGCUCCCACCCCCCAGACCUGCCUGCACGAGGCUUUGAGGUGCAGCGGGGACAAGGGGGUCCCUGGUGCUGCCGACACCUGCUUCUGACUCGGGUGCCGGGGUGCCCCAGGGCCCCUUUUCAUCUAUAAAGAUAUAAAUACAACCCGAGGAAUAACCCAGAGUCUCGAGGUGACCAGGGCAGUGCUCUGGCUGGGACAGACCAGAGCAGCAGAAAGCCUUGGUCACAGCCAGCCACCCCUCCUCCCUCACACGGAGCAUCGUGACACGCUUCUCCCCUUCCCGCUCAGCCCAUCCGUCUGUCCCUCCAUCCAUCUGUCCUUCCCUCCUGCCAGCCUGGAGUCUGGGAGCACCUCUGCAGCGUGGCAGCAGCUCGGGAUGGGGGGGGGGAUGGUCCCUCCAUGCUUUGCUGCUUUCCCAGUGUGUGAGCAAGGUGGUAGUGGGGGGGACACCUGCCACAGCCUCUUGGCACCUGUGAUGCCAGACACUGUAGUGGCUCUGUCCUGGGCCAGGCUUGGUGCUGGCAGGUGGGAUGGGAGCACAGACAUGGCCAGCAGCUGCUCUGUGAGUGUGCAGGGCUGCUAGACAUCAC